CGGUGCUAAAAUGGGAGUGGACCAAUCGCCAGAGGGAUGAACGCCGUCGCUGCCGCCGCCACUGCCACCGACUUGACGGAGGGAGGGACGCGGCGAUAGUAUCCUCGAGGGGCCCAUGAGUCUCAUUUCACAGCGCGAUAAUAUACCUUAUUAUAACGCAUUCGCGCUCGCCGCCGCCUUAUACACGCAUACAUAGGGAACGUAAUGUAGCAAUGCGUUUUAUGUGUGGACGUAGAUUCACGGGCGCACGCGCGAAGGGACGAAGAUAGAGAGAUUGAGCAGGGGUGGAGAGUUAGAGAGGGUGAGAGACGGGGUAGACAGUCGGACCAGAUAUAUCGUCGUCAGCCAAACCGGAAAGGACGUUCAAUAUUAAAAACCGAUUUAUACUCUCCUCCGCCCCCACCUAGGGUCCACGUUUACUAUAAGCCCGUCGUCUCCGGCCAUCCGCCCCUUCGCGCGCCGCGCCUACCGCCGGCCUAUCUGCCGCUCUACCACCGCCUCCGAUUCCACGGCCGAUCGUUUUUCCGACACGCGUCACGACGGAUCUUUUUGUCGUCCACGCGAACCUACACGCGCACACACGCGAGCACACGCGACAGUCCGCACAUACACGCGACACGCUCGACGCCACCGCCGCAGAAGCUGCAGUCUGGUAAACGCCGUUGCCGGUCGCCAAUAUUAUUGUUGUUGAUUGGUUGCCGCGAAACUUAUCCGCCGCUACCACCGUCUAGUGUUACUGUUCCGACGCCGAUUAUAAGGCCGUAUUAAGACUGUAAUGGUUUUUAAACAAAAUAUACAAUCAUUGACCGAGAGAUGCAUAACUCAACGUAUGCUUGUUUGUCAAGAUCAAACAGUACAAAUCAACCGUCAUCCGAUCAGGAAGGUAUAGAUCGUCAAAACAAUUUAAUGUUUACCAAACUUCCAUUGCCAAAAUUAGAAAAUGAUUUACAAAACUAUAAUUUGAGGUUGGACAACAGGACAAACUCUGAACAGAACAAAGAUGGUACGGCAGAUCAAACGAUAAGAAGGUAUAGAACAGCAUUCACAAGAGAACAGUUGCUUCGAUUAGAAAAAGAAUUUUACAAAGAAAAUUACGUGUCCAGGCCGAGAAGAUGCGAGCUUGCCACCGAAUUAAAUCUUCCUGAAUCGACGAUAAAGGUGUGGUUUCAAAACCGGCGGAUGAAGGACAAACGACAGAGGAUUGCCAUGGCGUGGCCAUAUGCCGUGUACACGGACCCGACGUUUGCGGCCACGGUGCUGCAGGCGGCCGCGGCCAGCGCCCACGCCAACGGCACGCUGCCCGACAUAGCGGCCAUUGCCAAUGCCUACCAGUACUCGGCGGCAGCGGCGGCCGCGGCCGCUGGGCCGUCGUACUUCCACGGCCAUGGAGGUGGCGGUGGAGGUGAGUACGGUAAGUUCCAGCCUCAGCACUACGUCGGUCCGGUUCCACCUCCGCCACCGGCACCGCCGACCCAGUCGCUUCAGCAGAUGAUGAAGAAACCGUUCGGACCAUUCGUAGGCCAUCAUCACCAUCAUCACCAUCACCAUCAAUUCGCGGCCGAUGCCACUGUCAUGGCCGCAGCCACCGAUGCCUCCACGCCUGAAUCCAGCAACGGUCACCAUCACGCGGCGACCAGUUAUGACGACCACAAAGCUGCGGCGGCCGAUCACAAAACGCCUUCGGCCACGGUAGACAACAACAAAACGACGACUUCGGCGGCCGCGACGUCAUCGUCGUCCUCAUCGUCGGCCGCGGACGCCACCGAUUUUUCCGUUGCGACCGCCGGUACGAGCUGCAAGUGCGGAAUAGUUGAUUGCGUACUGACCACUUCCGGAAAACCGGUCAACAAUAACGGCGCGACGGAAGAGUCUACGACACCGGUCACCGCUGACCGUGGCUUGCCAUCACAGCCGUUUUUCAUGACUUCCGGUGCAACUGAAACCGGUAGGGACGACAUACAGUCGGCAGAAUGUUCAUUGGCCGUCCACAAGCACGUCUACCACAAGGAGUACGCCAAAAACAAACUGUUCCAGCCCUACAAAUCAGACGUGACGACCGCGAAACUCAAUCUGUAAACUAUAAUAACACUACAACUUUAUUAUACUUUGUGUGUGUUAUAUUAAUAUAACACAUACAAAGUAUAAUAAUAUUAUUAAUAUUAGGUACUUAGUAAGUACUGUUACUUAAUUAUAAAUAGUACGAUUUACCCGUUGUAACACUAUAAUAAUAUUAUUAUAAACGACAUUAAACGGUAGUUUAAGAGGACACUACACGGCCGAUUGUUCUCUUUGUCUUACAAAUGUAUGUUCAGGAAAACGCGUUUAGCUCCGCUAGUCUAAAAAUUAGAGGGAAUCGACCUAUUAUGGAACUUGAUGGUAAAUACAUUAUCUGUGUUUGCAUGUCGGUUUUUUACGAUAGUUCAGUUUUUUAGUAAGUUAUUCGUAUAUA